UGGCCCCAGUGCGACUGCCUCAUCUCCUUCCACUCCAAAGGUUUUCCUCUGGACAAAGCUGUGGAGUACGUGAAACUGAGGAACCCCCUACUGCUCAACGACCUCAACAUGCAGUACUACAUACAGGACAGGAGGCAGGUGUACAGGAUUCUUCAGGAGGAGGGCAUAGAUCUUCCUCGAUACGCCGUCCUCAAUCGAGACCCGGACCACCCUGAAGAGUGCAGUCUGGUGGAGGGGGAGGACCACGUGGAGGUGAAUGGUGAGAUCUUCCAGAAGCCGUUUGUGGAGAAACCGGUUUGUGCUGAAGACCACAACGUGUACAUCUACUACCCAACAUCUGCAGGAGGAGGCAGCCAGAGACUCUUCAGGAAGAUUGGCAGUCGUAGCAGUGUGUAUUCUCCUGAGAGCAGCGUGAGGAAGACUGGCUCCUACAUCUACGAGGAGUUUAUGCCCACGGACGGAACCGACGUCAAGGUGUACACCGUGGGCCCAGACUACGCCCACGCUGAGGCGCGUAAGUCUCCGGCUCUGGACGGUAAGGUAGAGCGGGACAGCGAGGGCAAAGAGGUGCGCUACCCCGUCAUGCUCAGCGCCAUGGAGAAGCUGGUGGCACGGAAGGUCUGCCUGGCCUUCAAGCAAACCGUGUGUGGGUUUGACCUCCUCAGAGCGAACGGUCACUCGUACGUCUGUGAUGUGAACGGAUUCAGCUUCGUCAAAAACUCCAUGAAAUAUUACGACGACUGCGCCAAGAUCCUGGGCCUGUAUCUCCUGUACUCCUCCUGUAUCCUGUUCCAGAUCCCCUGGUCCAUCCCUACAGAAGCAGAAGACAUCCCCAUAGUGCCCACCACCUCAGGGACCAUGAUGGAGCUGAGGUGUGUGAUCGCUGUGAUUCGUCAUGGAGAUCGGACGCCUAAACAGAAGAUGAAGAUGGAAGUCCGCAACCCCAUGUUUUUCGAUCUGUUUGAGAAAUACGGAGGAUAUAAAACAGGGAAACUGAAGCUGAAGAAACCCAAACAGCUGCAGGAGGUGCUGGACAUCACGCGGCAGCUGUUGGCCGACCUGGGCGCGCUCGUCGACUGUGAGAUCGAGGAGAAGAAGUCCAAACUGGAGCAGCUCAAAACCGUCCUGGAAAUGUACGGGCAUUUCUCUGGCAUCAACAGAAAAGUGCAGCUGACGUAUUUGCCCCACGGACAACCCAAGACCUCGAGUGAAGAGGAGGAUUGUCGGAGGGAGGGCCCGUCUCUGCUGUUGGUGUUGAAGUGGGGGGGGGAGUUGACCCCCGCAGGUCGAGUCCAGGCGGAGGAGCUGGGACGAGCGUUUCGCUGCAUGUACCCAGGAGGACAAGGGGACUACGCCGGGUUCCCGGGGUGUGGUUUGUUGCGGCUCCACAGCACCUACAGACACGACCUGAAGAUCUACGCCUCCGACGAAGGAAGAGUCCAGAUGACGGCCGCCGCCUUCGCCAAGGGUCUGCUGGCGCUGGAGGGGGAGCUGACUCCGAUCCUGGUGCAGAUGGUGAAAAGUGCAAACAUGAACGGACUCCUGGACAACGACUGUGACUCACUGAGCGGCUGCCAACACCGAGUGAAAGCCCGACUCCACGAGAUCCUCCAGAGAGACCGCACCUUCACCGAAGACGACUACACACAGUUGGCUCCCACCAGUGGAGCGUCUCUGAUCAACUCGAUGAAGCAGGUGGAGAACCCCGUCCAGACCUGCGACCGAGUCUACGCCCUGAUCCAGAGUCUGACCGCACAGAUCCGCACACGCAUGGAGGACCCCACCUCAGCAGACCUGCAGCUGUACCACUCAGAGUCGUUGGAGCUGAUGUUGCAGAGAUGGUCCAAACUGGAGCGAGACUUUCGGAUGAAGAACGGUCGCUAUGACAUCAGCAAAAUCCCCGACAUCUAUGACUGCGUGAAGUACGACGUGAUCCACAACUCCACCCUGGGCCUGGAGGACACGCUGGAGCUGUUCAGACUCAGCAGAGCACUCGCCGACAUCGUCAUUCCUCAGGAGUACGGCAUCAGUCGAGCGGAGAAGUUGGACAUUGCGUACGCGUACUGCCUCCCACUGGUCAGGAAGAUUCAGAUGGAUCUACAACGAACACACGAGGACGAGUCUGUAAACAAACUACACCCACUAUAUUCUCGUGGGGUCUUGUCUCCGGGUCGUCACGUCAGGACUCGUUUGUACUUCACGUCUGAGAGUCACGUUCACUCUCUGCUCUCACUCUUCAGAUACGGAGGCCUGCUGGACGAGGAGAAGGACCAGCAGUGGAAAAGAGCCAUGGAUUAUCUGAGCGCCGUGUCCGAGCUCAACUACAUGACCCAGAUCGUCAUCAUGCUCUACGAGGACAACAACAAGGACCUUUCGUCAGAGGAGCGUUUCCACGUGGAGCUGCACUUCAGCCCCGGCGUGAAGGGGGUGGAGGAGGAGGACAACCCGCCCCUGGGCUUCGGGUUCAGGCCGGCGUCGGCGGAGGUGGCGCAGCAGGUGGAGGCGGCGCAGCCCGGAGGAGGGAGCUUCGGCCUGGGCAGGAGGAGGCACCCGUCCCCCCUGCUCCACAACGGGCCCAAACACACGGACAGCCUGGAGGACCUGAGCUCCGACAAACCCAGGAAGGGAGACGACGGGGACAAACCCGAGGAGGGGGGGGGGGCCGCAGACGGCGCCGAGAGGAGCGAGACCGACCGCCACGUCCCUCUGUCCGAGCCAAUCAGCAUCCAGAGGAAGUCCCCCCUGAUACGCAACCACAAGACCGGAUCUAUGGAGGUUUUGUCGGAGACGUCCUCGUCCAAAGGGGGCAGUUAUCGUCUGUUCUCACUCUGCUCGCGUCAGUCUCCUGAGAUGAAGCAGAGCGGCCUCGGCUCUCAGUGCGCAGGACUCUUCAGCACCACUGUCCUCGGAGGCUCCUCUAGCGCCCCCAACCUGCAGGACUACGCACGUGCGCACCGCAAAAAAUACUCAUCCGCCUCGCUGUCCUACAAAGACGGGACUAAAGAUGAUUCUUCAGCUGUAGCCCCGCCCCUCUGGUGUUCUGCUGCAGAGGAGCAGCAUUUCUCUCAGUUGUUGAGGCGUUUUUCAUCUGGUCCCGUCCCUUUAAGCCCCGCCCUCGGCCCUUUAAGCCCUGCCUUUGGCCCUUUAAGCCCCGCCUCCUUGUGUUUUGGCCCCUCCCCUGCCUGCUCAGGCCCCUCCCCCUCUCCUCCGGCUCACGCCGCCCCCCGCAGUCACCUGUCAGUGGACGCGGGCCCCUGCAGACACCUGUCGGUGGACGCGGGCCCCUGCAGACACCUGUCGGUGGACGCGGGCCCCUGCAGACACCUGUCGGUGGACGCGGGCCCCUGCAGACACCUGUCGGUGGACGCGGGCCCCUGCAGACACCUGUCGGUGGACGCGGGCCCCUGCAGACACCUGUCGGUGGACGCGGCCCUGGCUCAUCACCUGCACCUGUGCUCGUAUCACCUGCGGCUCUUCAGGAACUGCCUCAUCUCUGGACGAGAUCCAAUUGAAUUCCUCUGCUACGGUUUCGAGGGCUGCUCCAUGGUGCCCUCUAUCUACCCCCUGGAGACACUGCACAACUCUCUGUCCCUCAAGAAAGUCACCGAGUUCCUGAGUUUAGUGUGUGAGAACGCAGGCGACGCACACAGCCGCGCCGGGAGAGCUCUGUCGGCCAUGUUCUCGGCGCAGCAGCCGUCGGUGGAGUCGUACCUGCCGCAGAGAGUCCUGCCCUCAGCCCUGAGGUCCAGAAGCGACCGACCGCCCUGGUACAGCAGCGGUCCGUCCAGCACCGUCUCGUCCGCCGGCCCCUCCUCCCCCGCCGCAGACUCCUCCCCCCGCUUUAGCUUUAGCGAGAAGCUAACGCCUCAGAGCAGCGAGGAGGCUUACGGCGCCAACGCCAACGCCGCGCCCAACGACCCACGAUGCCCCGCGGCGCCGGGCGACGUGCCCCUGACGCCCACCAACUCUCCACAAGAACAAGACGACGGCAAACAGGAGCCACACGCGUCGGAGGGACCCUCGGUUCCCCUGUGCCCCCUGCAGGAGCUGUCCCUGUCGGAGGUGCCCCUGUCGGAGGUGCCCCUGUCGGAGGUGCCCCUGUCGGAGGUGCCCCUGUCGCGGGCGGAGGCGUUCUCUCUGCCCGGGGCGCUGCCGGUGCUGCUGGAGCUGAGGGAGAGCAGCAGUGAGGCAGGCUCCAGCUCACAGACGCCUCAGUCUCCAGAGGCCGACGAGUUCUUCGACACACACGAGAACGUGUGGAGCGACGCCGCCGACGCCGCCGACGCCACGGACGCUACGGACGCUACGGACGCUACGGAGCACGCUCAGAACAAUGAGGCUACGGAGCACGCUCAGAGCGCAGAGGGGGCGGAGCCUGUGGAGACAGACUGACGUCAGACGAACGACUGAAGAUCAAACUCCAGAACAUGAACACACACACACACACACACACACACACACAC